GGAGAAGAAGACAACACCAAAGCUUCUUGUCUGAAACGAACCAGCCAUUCUCAAGAUUUUCUCAACAACUUUUUUCCCGAGAAACUCUGGACGUUGAGGAAGCGAAAAAGAGCAACAUGGAAGAACAAGAAGAAGCAGGAGUGAUGGAUGAGAGAAUCUACGUUGCACUAGGGAGAGAAACAACCAAGAACAAGUCAAAUCUGGCAUGGGCAUUAGAUAACUGUGAAGGGAACAAGAUCUGUAUUGUUCUUGUUCACCGACCUGCUCAAAUGAUUCCUGUUUUGGGUACCAAAUUUGAUGCUGCAACGGUAGAUGAAGAAUUAGUGAGAGCAUACAGAGAAAAACAAAAGGCGAAAACAGACAAGAUUCUUGAUGAGUACCUCAGAAUUUGCCUGCGGAAAGGGGUCCAAGCGGAGAAGCUGUGCGUUGAGAUGAACUCGAUCGAGAAGGGAAUUGUGCAGAUGAUUUCUGAGAACAAAGUGAGGAAAUUCAUCAUGGGAGCAGCUUCAGACAAACAUUAUUCAACGAAAAUGGAGGAAUUGAGAUCAAAGAAAGCCAUCUUCGUCUGCCAACAUGCGUCUGCGACUUGUCAUAUACGGUUUAUCUGCAAAGGAUAUCUCAUCCAUACAAGGGAAGCUAGAAUGGAUGAAGUCCGAGCUCUCUCAGCUCUACUAUCUGACUUUCAGCGGCUUGUCUCCUCACAAAGUAGCACCAUUUCAGAUCAAGACAGUAGAGGUUCAAAGAGGAAAAGCGAGGAGGAAGAGGAGGGGGAGGAGGAGGAGAGAACAUCACGAACCAGCUCUUCUCGGUCUGCUAGUACACUGUCAUACUUUGGAGGAUCUGAGGCUUCGUCAAGUGUUAGUGUAAUGGAAGAGAAAUCAAACCGUUCAUCUCCACCAUCUUUACCGUGCAGCGGAAUGGGGCUGGGCAUGAUAACCUUCCUGAUUAACUCCACCAAACUCUGGCAAAGGCUUGCCAUCCAAAACCAUAAGCAUUGUGAAUGACUCCACCAUUACCUGAAAAGCUACAUAAAGAAGAAGAGGACAAGAACAUAAAGCUACAAAGAUCUUGAUCACAUCUGUAUAUACAAUGUAUCUCAUAUUUGUAAAACCCAAUUGUAUGAGAAGCUGCUUUGAGAAGACCUCUCUCCUUCUCAUCUUGUGAGGCUUGUAUUGCUAAAGAAAAUCUAAUGAGGCUU